AUGGCAGAGGGCGUGGGAGCGAAACAUGUACCAGGCCACAGUUUGGCGAAGAACUUUGGCGUUGAGUAUGUGAUCCUCUACUCCUUCGAGGACAAGGAAACGGCAGUUCGCCCCGCCAAGGGCCGCAGUCUUGUCGUCCUCGUCAAGCCCAGGGAAGAUAAGUUGGAAAUUAUGGCACAUAGAUCAAGAGUCAAGGACUGGCUGUAUGGCGUGCGUACAUCACAACCCACCAAAGAUACCCGCGAUACCCAAGGCUCCCCCUGGACGGAAGCAGAGCGCCUUCGCACAAUAUAUGAAAUGAUUACACUCCCUCGUGCCGACGGUGGAGCAGACAUCACUCCAGGAUAUGGUGAGUGGAAGAAUGUCAAGUCGAUAUUCCCACUCCACGACCACGACGUGAACCGUGAAUGGAUCAAGACCUGGAGUCGAAAGACGAUUCUUGACGAUAACGACCUCGAGCAAAUACGAGUUAAGCUGGGAGAGAAAAUUGCCUUCUAUUUCACCUUUUUGCAGACGUAUUUCCGCUUUCUCAUGGGUCCUGCGGCGCUUGGCCUGUUUUGUUGGGUUUUUCUCGGUCAUUUUUCCAUAUUUUAUGCUGUACUGAACUCGUUGUUCUGCCUGGUGUUUGUGGAGUUAUGGAAGCGGCAGGAGGUUGAUCUCCGGUUGAGGUGGCAGGUGAAGGGUGUUUCCGAAAUCAAAGCUAGGAGAAAGGAGUACAAGCAUGACAAGGAGAUCGUUGAUCCGAUCACGGGGGAGAUGGUAUACGUAUUCCCAGCCAAUAAGCGCCUGGUGAGACAGCUGCUAUUGAUUCCGUUUACGAUGGCGGUGGUGGUAGCACUGGGGACUCUGAUUGCGACAUGCUUUGCUAUCGAGGUCUUCAUCAACGAGAUCUACUCUGGGCCCUUCAGAACAUACCUGGCAUUUGUACCUACGAUCAUCCUGUCUCUGUGUGUGCCGACAAUCAGCGCCAUCCUCACCAAGGUCGCGACUCGCAUGACGGAGUAUGAGAACUAUGAGACGCAGGACAGCCACGACAUUGCGUUGACGCGGAAAGUGUUUGUGCUCAACUUUGUUACUUCGUAUCUGCCCAUCUUCCUGACGGCGUUUGUCUACGUUCCCUUUGCCCCGACAAUCGUGCCGUACCUGGACGUGUUCCAUCUUGCUGUCAAGCCGUUCCAACCGGACGAGAAGGCGGCAGCGGCAUCUACCGCGGUGGAGAGUAAGGAGUUCCGCAUCAACAGGUCCCGUCUGCGGAACCAGGUCAUCUACUUUACGGUGACGGCCCAGAUUGUGAACUUUGCACUGGAGACGGUGGUGCCGUACGUGAAGCGUAAGUUCUUCCGCAAGUACCAGGAGAUGUCGGAGGGAAGGAAGAGCAAGGACAACGGGUCAACGCCGGGUCUGAAGGCAGCCCAUGACCUGCUGCAGGACGUGCCGGAAGAGGCAGAGUUCCUGAAGCGCGUGCGAGACGAGUCCGAGCUGGACGACUACGACGUGACGGACGACCUGCGGGAGAUGUGCGUGCAGUUUGGCUACCUGGCGCUCUUCUCGCCGGUGUGGUCUCUCGUCCCCGUCUCGUUCCUGGUCAACAACUGGAUCGAGCUGCGGUCUGACUUUUUCAAGAUCUGCAUCGAGCACAAGCGGCCGACGCCGUUCCGCGCAGACUCGAUCGGCCCCUGGCUGGACUCACUUGGCUUCCUCGCGUGGCUGGGCAGCCUGACGAGCGCGGCCCUGGUCUACAUGUUCUCGUCGACGGCCGGCGGCGAGGCUCCCCCCCACGCCGACAUCAAGGGCUGGCUGCUGCUGCUGACCAUCUUCUUCUCCGAGCACAUCUACCUGCUGGUCAGCCUGGCGGUGCGGGUGGCCAUGUCGAAGGUGGAGACGCCCGACACCCGCCGCGACCGUGCCGAACGCUACCUGAUGCGCAAGGCCCAUCUGGACUGGGCCGGCGGAGUCCAGCGGGGAGAGGAGACGCAGGGCCGGGGCGACAGGCAGGCAGACGGCCGCACGGGGGACGACGAAGAGGCCUACGGGGACGACUACGCGGACGCAGAGAUCGGGCAGAUCACGCGUGCAUCGCUGGAGGAAGACGCACGGAAGUUCAGCAUGCCGGAUGCCACGCCGGCGGAGCUCUUCUGGGCGCGCCAGCGAGGGUGGAGGGAGUCUGCCAGGGUCGGGGCUGCCAUUAUUCAGGCUGAUGCAGACGGCGGUCCGUCUCCCGACAAGAAGACCCAGUAG